GCGGUGCUAGGGCGGUGCUAGGACGUCGAGCGGGUGUGUGUACCGCGCCUGGGCAGUCUGCGCGGAGCUGACCCCAGUGUCUUGCGAACGGCCUCUACGGCUCCUGCCUCCGCUUCGCGAUCACCGGCCCUGCGGCCUCUCGUAAGGACUAGCGGCCUUCCCCGCAGCCGCCAUCUUGAGAGGCAGCUCCAGCUCCGUCUUCCUCAAACCCUGCCCCGGAGCGGCGAGUCUGACAGCCUGGCCAGAGCCCCCCAGCCUCUCAGUCAGUCACACACAGGGCACAGCCACUGACGUGCUCACACCACUCCACUCCCGUAGUGUUCAGUCAUUGACAGUGGCCCUCACACACUGGACACGAUCAUUCACACCGACACGCCACAGUGUCACGUAGUCAAGUUUCAGCUACUUGAGUGAGUGCCAUUCCGCACAGAGUCACACACACAUGGGUUAAAGCCACUCGUCCAGUGUCACUCUACGCUGCCUCAUACAAUCCCUGUCACAAGUACAAUAGAUACUUACUCAUCACCCACUGUGUACCAGGCACUUGGGAUGCUGUUCCUGUCUUCAUUGGGAUAUGGAAACAAUUCUGGAAACUGGAAGUCCAAGAUCAAGGUGUCAGCAGGAUUGGUACCAUCUGAGAGCAGUGAGGAAGAACGUGUUCCGUACAUCUCUUCUAGCUUCUGGUGGUUUGCUGAAAAUCCUCAGCAUUCCUUGCUACAGGAAAGAUGUUACCUGUGACGAUGAGAACGUCAGUGCUGCUGCUGCUACUGCCCCUGAGUCAGGCUGUUCCCAAACACGGCACCACAAGGCUGGACCCUGAAGUGCAGCAUCCACCUCUACCCAACCCCUUCCAGCCAGGCCAGGAGCAACUUCAACUUCUGCAGAGCUACCUAAAGGGACUAGAGAGGAUGGAAGAGGAGCCGGAGCACAUGAGCCGGGAGCAGGUUCUCCUCUACCUCUUUGCUCUCCACGACUACGACCAGAGUGGACAGCUGGAUGGCCUGGAGCUGUUGUCCAUGUUGAUAGCAACUCUGGCCCCUGGAGCUUCCGACUCUCUCACCACCAACCCGGUGAUCCUGGUAGUGGAUGAGGUGCUGGAGACCCAGGACCUGAAUGGGGAUGGGCUCAUGACCCCUGCAGAGCUCGUCAACUUCCCCGGAGAGGCCCCGAGGCACACAGAUCUCAAAGAGCCCCCAGAGCCACAGGAUGUUGGGAGGCGGCCUCUGUUGGCUAAAAGCCCGUCAAGACAAGAAGCACAUGAAGCCCCAGGUCCCAGAGAAGAAGCUGGGGGACAGGUGGAGGCCAGAAGGGAGUCCUUGGAACCUGUACAGGAGGCUGGGGGACAGGCAGAGGCUGCAAGAGAAGCCCCAGGCCCUGGCGGGGAGGUUGGGGGACAGGUAGAAGCCAGGGACACUGGAGAGAGAGCAGAAGAGCUUCCAAGGGAAACACUGGAGUCUAAGAAAACCCCAAAUGAGCUUGAGGUUCAUGCUGUUCAGCUGGAGAAUGAUGAGAUAUAA